UCGAUAUCUAAAAAAAUAAUAAUAAUAAUAAUAAAAGACGAAGUUUUCUCCAGCAUUAAACUUUAAACAGCAUUAAACUUAACUUAUAGAUUCCGCAGUUUAAACUUAAGAAUUCUAGAAUUUACAGAAAGUUCUUGGAAAAGGAUCGAUAACAUCUCAGUGAUUAUUGUACGAAUAUUCAAAGUUUCGGGACACAGCGAUCGAUUUAUUGAAUGUCAUGACGGACGUGAAUAGCAACAAAGUGUCCAACGAGUCUUCGAAAAAGUCGUUCGAACUGGCGAAGAAGGAGUUACGCGCGAUAGUGACGAAGAUCGAGGAAACAACACUUCCUAGCAGGUCUGUGAAAUUGUUUCGCGCUCAAUGUCUCCUUAGACCCGGAGGAUCGAAGUUCCGCAGGAGACACCUGUGGAUCUUGCUGAUCCUCGCGUGGAUUCUAGGUCAAUUCCUCUGGAAUUACGUGCACACCGUUCGUUACGACAAGUGCCUGGCGGAAGUACCUUCGUUCACGCAGAAAAUAUUCCGGCCAGCCGAGGAUUGUUCAAUGUGUCGGGACGUUCAACAGGUUGACAGGAUAUCCAACGUGGAUCCUGCCAUUUUUGAGGAACGGAAUAGAUAUGCGUAUUCUGGAAGACCGGUAGUGAUCACGGAUGCCAUGAUUAACUGGACAGCAACGGAAACAUUCUCGUUUUCUUUCUUUAAAUCGUUGUACGAUGGAGAGGACGCGAACUGCCAGUUUUUUCCUUAUAAAACCGAGUUUAAAAGUCUUCAGGACGUGUUCGACAUGAGCGUCAGUCGAUCGUUGCUGGAGAAAGGGACGAAGCCAUGGUACGUGGGUUGGAGUAACUGCGAUGAAGAAAUUGGCGGUGUGCUCAGGAAACACUAUCAAAGGCCGUAUUUUCUGCCUGUCACUGCAGAAACAGAGAAGACGGAUUGGAUUUUUAUGGGUAGCCAAGGAUAUGGGGCCCCUAUGCAUGUGGACGACGUGGAACACCCUUCGUGGCAAGCUCAAGUCAAGGGUGAGAAAUUAUGGAUGUUGGAACCACCCAGAGAGUGUCAUUACGCUUGUUACAGGUUGAAAGUCGUAGUACAUCCUGGCGAAAUAAUUGUCCUGGAUACCAAUCGCUGGUACCAUCAAACGGUAAUCGUUUCCGAGGAGAUGAGCAUCACUAUCGGAGCAGAAUACGAUUAGAGGAAGCUACAGGGACGUUCUAAGGGCAUUUUGAUCGCUGCGGCAGCCUUUAACGACGAUACGUGUCACCAAGAUUAAUAAAGUUGUUUUGUCUUGAUUUUCACGAGUCCUUCGACCUGCGAAUAAUUUCUAAUAGAAAUUUCACUUGAACCAAACAUUACGAACAAGUUCUCCAAUAACAAAUUGUCCUGAUAACUCCUACUUUUGAUCAACACUUUGCAAAAUGUCUUAUAUUUAUCGUGAUUUAAUUUCCGAGAAUUUUCAUCGACCGUUGAAUAAUUUCCACUUGCAAAUAGAAUUUUACAAAUUUAAUUUUUAUCCGUUGCAAUUUGCAAUACACGG